CAACCGCAUCGCCCACCAGUGAGUGACUGUGAUUUGCCUCCAUCCUUCUUUCGUGUCUGAGGACCAAAAAAUGACGGUCGCAUGUGAGCCCGUCAAGCAGGGCGCGCAUCACAAUCAAGAUGUCAUCCUGCGACUACCACACACAAGUACACCAAAACAACGACAGCAUUUACAAAACAUCCUGGACAACGACUGGGAAUUAACUCCACUGAAACAUCUGUCUUCAUGGCCUCCCGAGCUUCUCCAAAUAUGUCAAAUCGUUCUUUUGGAUUCCCAACCACGGCUGCUACUUCUUGGAGACGACCGGCGAAUAUUUUACAAUGAAGCGUAUAGCACAGCCUUUGCGAAUGGAGCGGUGGAUCUCGGUCAUGUACUAAGGGAGACCGAAAUGAAUAUGCCUCAGGAAAUCACAAACUUUUCCUUGCAGAACGACCUCUCACCUCCCAACAACCUCCUUGUCAUUGAUCAAUCGAGAGUCCUUGGUAGUGGAGACACUCAGGAGAACACGAUCUGGCGCUGGACUGCCAUGCCUCUUUCUGGCUCGAUGACCGGCGUAUUUAUAUCAGUUCAGGACGUCACUCAUGAAGGAAUGAAAAGGCCAAUCGCUUUGGAUACGGGCCACGACCUUUCAACCACAGCUGGCGCAGAGCAAUGCAAACAACAAGUACAGCUUGGUGGCUCGAAGGACAACCAAGGACAACGAACUCGACAUUGCGACGAGUAUUCGUCCAGCAAUGAGCGGAAUCAGCAAAUCUUGCAAGUCAUAGACAUGGUAGGCAUCAGCUUGUUCGAAUGCGAUCUGAAAGGCACCCUGGUUCAUGCGAACAAAACCUGGCUCAAUUCAAAUGACCAUGGGACCAGAGAAAAUGCCUACCUGGACUUGAUACAUACACUGGCCGAUGAACCCAACUAUGUGGCCUCACAAUGGGAAUUGGCUGCUUCAGGUACCCCAGUCUCUUUUGAGACGCGAUAUAAGUCCGACGACAGCACAGGUAAAGAUGUCAUCGGUACUCUGGCCUCAGUAGCUUUGCUUCCUGUGUUUGACCCAAACGGAGCUGCAAGAAGCAUUCUAGGAUGCACGACCAAUACCGCUGCUCAAAGAUUGGCCACGUCUGAAAGGUCUCGUGAGACUGUUGAUGCAUUGGCGCGGGAGAGAUUUGGCAACAAACGACUUUUUGACUUUGCUGAGGAGUCCCCUGUGGGAAUCUACCUGAUAGAGUUCCAACAAGGCAGAGUGACAUAUGUAAACCCGGCUUGGUUUGAGCAGACUGGUCAUCCUGUGGUGCCCUUCGAUCAGAUCGAUUGGCCUCAAGUCAUCCAUGACGAAGACAAGAAGGUUGCCGAAACAUUUUGGAAAGGCGUUGUUACUGCCAGGACCAAAUCUACGGUCCAGGUCAGAAUGAAGCGAGAAUGGUACAAUGAGAAUGGCGAAUCCAUGGGUCCAGUCUGGAUCCUCACAAAUGCUAUUCCUGAAUUUGACGAGGACGGAUCGAUUUCAGGCGUCAUUGGUACUAUGGAAGACAUCAGCGCCAUCAAGUUCGCUGAGACAGUGCAAAAGACCAGGAUGGAGGAAGCACUUGAGGCCCGAAGACAGCAGGAGCACUUCAUCGACAUGACAUCACACGAAAUUCGCAAUCCUUUAGGCGCGGUCAUGCAUUGCGCAGAUGCUCUUCUCGAAAACCUUGCAGAGACAAAAGCCAUUCUCGCAAAUCAUAUGGUACCAGAUCACAAGGCAGAGCAACGCAUAAAAGAACUUGUCCAGCAAAGCAUCGAGUCUGUAAGCACGAUAAUAUCUUGUUCUGCACAUCAACUCAGGAUCGCGGAUGACGUCCUCGUGCUAUCAAAGCUGGACUCUAAACUGUUACAACUGGCGCCUACUCCUACACACGCAAUGUCGUUGCUAGCCAAUGUGGAUAGGUCGUUUGAGGCAGAAGCCGCAAAUAACUUGGUCCAACUAGAAACGCAGGUCGACCCCUCACUUCAAGGGUUGGAUGUUGAAUGGGUCACGAUCGAUCCUGGUCGCGUACAACAAAUCCUAGUCAACGUCGUUUCGAACGCCUUGAAGUUCUCAAAAAAGAGAUCUGUACGCAAAGUCACUGUUCGUAUGGGAGCGUCAAGCACACCACCCACACAGGAGCUACUUGGAGUCGAAUUUACCGUUAGUCACAUACCACACGACUACAGUCAAGAGAGUUUGGAGGAUGAUCCAGCUUCCGUCGCGAAGAUUGUGCAUCUACAUUUCACCGUCACAGAUACGGGCACAGGCCUAACGAAAGAAGAAAAGAGUAAACUCUUCACCAGAUUCUCGCAAGCAUCAGCAAGGACCUAUAAUGAGUAUGGUGGUUCUGGCCUGGGUCUAUGCAUAUCACAGCAGCUUUGCGAAAUGCAAGGUGGAAGAAUCGGUCUGGCAUCUGAAACAGACGUCGGCUCAACGUUCGCCUUUUUCGUCAAGGCUUACCGCACCAACCCUCCUCCUCCCCCCAAAUCGAUACUCCUCAGGCAGAACUCGGCUUCUUUGUCCGCCGAUCAAACUCCGAAAACCAGAAUCAGCAUUCUAGUCGUCGAGGACAAUGCGGUAAACCAACGCCUGCUACAAAUGCAACUCGUCAAACGUGGCUACCAAGUCGUGGUAGCAGACAAUGGCCAAGAAGCUCUCGACUUCCUACAAACAACCCGUCACUGGAGCGCACUACGCAGUUCUUCUGACAGGAUAAUCGACCUCAUCCUUAUGGACGUCGAAAUGCCCGUUCUAGACGGCCUUUCCGCAACAAGGAAGAUUCGCGAAUACGAGCAGCAAGGCUUGAUAUGCGAUCAUAUCCCCAUCAUUGCUGUUUCUGCCAAUGCGAGGGCCGAGCAAACGGCGCAGGCCAUUGCAUCUGGCAUGGAUGACACGAUAACCAAACCUUUCCGCAUGGUGGACCUGAUCAAGAAGUUGGAUGUGUUUACCGCAUUGGUGGCACCUUGAUUCAGAAGAUCCUGGUUUGCAGAGCUAUAUUUCGAUUUCUUUGACUGCGUUUAGCGAUGGGUGGAUGCUCUGAUUAGAGUAAUUGUAGCAACAUCUUGUACAUAUAUACCCAUAACGAAACCUCAAAUUUUGCACAAACGCCAGGAAAGAAUCACAUGUGCGGCUGCAGGAGGUUGAUUGCGAGCUUCAAGAGAGCUGUCGGUUGUUGCUGAUAUGGAGCGAGGGAGGCAGUCGUGAUGCAGGAUAGCGAGUUUAUCAUCACCUAGGAAACCCUCUCCAUCUUGACCCAAGGCAAAAAACAACAAUCGCACAAAGCGCAACGAAAAGAUCAUACGAGUACAAGGAAACAGCAAUCAUCACAAGGCCUAGAGACAAACAAAGCAGUGGCCUCCAUCUCCAUGGUUCGAAAAUAAAAGCCAUCACCGACCAUCAACCCUUACCAUACCCUUCCUCGACACAAACAC